AUGUCCACGUUUACCCAUUCACAACGCAACUCACAGCAGCAUGAUGGCAAAGAACACAUCAAUGAGUUACAUCAAUGGUAUCAUCAAUACGUAUUGCUCGAUGAAAGUCUUCAAGGAAUUUUCAAGAAAAAUAUAUCCGAACAAAUUCAAUCUUUGAAAAAACAGAAUGUUCGUCAUCAUCAGCCUUACAGGAGUGGAGAGGAUGUAAAUCAUCAUCAUUUACAUCGUGUUCAUGGUUCAAGACGAAAAUUAAGCAAUCAUGGAGUUCAGCAUUCACACGACGAUUGUUGGAAUCCAAUAAGUUCUUCUUCUUCUUCUUGGUAUGAACAUUCGUGUGAUGAUAAAGAAUCCAUACCCUUUCCGAUCAUUAGCGACACACAAGAGGAGGAACAGCUCCUUAACAACAAUCAUAACGGUGGCUACAAAUAUCUCCUUGAAUUGAACUAUGAUGGAUUAAAAGUUGGAAAAUAUAUUUCAACUCAACAACCACACCAUCAUUUAGCUAAAUAUCGUACACCACAAUCCUUCAAGCACAAGAAACCAAUUCAAGUUCGACUCUCAUUCACUAAGGAAAUCAUUCCAACUGUGAAUUCUUGGUGCCAAAUUAAAGUUCCUGGUUGCUGCCACAUUGGAAUGUUCAAUUUUUACAUGAAGAAUUACUUAAUCAAGUAUAAAAACAAUGAUGGUGUCGAGAAUAAGGACAGCAGUAGCAGUAGCGAUGCCAUCACUAAGGACAUGCAUGGUUAUGAAUAUUGUGAAAAACUGCCGAAUAUUACGAACACUCAACAAGAGUCGUAUCAAAUUGUUUGUCAACUUUAUCCCUCUCAUAUUCCGUUGAAGCAUAUUCGAUUAAGUGAAGGAUGUUCGUAUCGACACAUGCAGCUAGAAUCGGUUCAAGAGUGCAGAGAGAAGAGUGAAUACCUCUCAAUGAUGAAAAAGAUUGAAUUGAGGAAUGAUAUGGAUCAGUGUCGUUUUGCCAAGUACAAGGACGAACAUGCCAAUGAAAUGGAGGCUGAAUUUUCACGUGAUCCUUGGAGUCUUGGGGGUGGACGAAUGAUUUUAGAACUCGCAAUGGAGGCAAUUCCUGAUGAUCUGUAUGAGUACUUGUGUGAGUGCGAAGAGAAGUAUCAAAAUGAUUUGUAUGGAGUUUAUUUGAAUGGAGAAGAUGUACAAGUGUACUCUGGAUCCAUGAAAACCUAUGAGUGGAGAGGAUCCAUAGUUAUGUACACAGAGUCCUAUUUAGAAUCCAUUGGCUCGUUUGAAAUGAGGAUGUUGAAUUAA